AUGCAAGCUGCCAAAAUAAUCAGCAAAGAACCUAUGAAGGAUGAAGACGCCAAGUGGGUUAAACUUAAGAAGAUAACUUAUUCUGAUCCUGCUGGAAAAAUAAGGUUAUGGGAAUCUGCAGAACGUACAUCCAGAAAAGGCGAUAUCGAUGCUGUUGGUAUCUUGGCACUACUCAAGAUGCCAAACAAGCCCACGGAAACGGUGCUAGUCACCCAAUUUCGACCUCCUGUGGGAGCUCAGUGUGUUGAAAUGCCGGCUGGUCUGGUAGAUAAGGGAGAGACAGCUGAACAAGCUGCUGUACGUGAACUGAGGGAGGAAACUGGGUUUAUUGGGAAGGCUAUACGAUCAAGUGAAAUUAUGGACAGUGAUCCAGGUAUGUCGAAUGCAAACAUGAAGUUCGUCACUGUGGAAGUAGAUCGAACCUUGCCAGAAAACCACUCGCCUAAAGCAGAACCUGAUGAAGGCGAAUUCAUUGAUAUUCAUAUUGUCCCAUUGGUUGGAUUGUUGGGAACUCUCAAAGGCUUCAUUUCAAAGGGCUUCAAAGUCGACGCUCGUCUUUAUCACUUUGCUGAAGGACUGGAUCUGUAUGCAAGUGAUAGUACAUUAUCAAAGCAUUGA